AUGAAUGCUGAAAAACGUGAAGCGAAAUUGGAAAUGUCUAAAGGUUUCAUGAAUCUGCAAGAUCAGUACUUGAAUAGCAUAAUGGAUGUAAAAGCAGCAAGGAAUCCUACUUUCUCGAGAAGGGGUGGCGUCGUCCCUUUGGUCGAGGGACGGAAAUCGGAGUAUUGCCGAUCAUUAUCUGGUGGGAAAAUGUUCCGUUAUUUCACGUUGGAAUCGUUGUUUCUACUGUUUUGCCUAACAGUAUCAUUGCUAAUAUUGCCACUGAUACUCCCUCCGUUGCCGCCACCACCAUUGAUGCUUCUUCUGCUUCCUAUAUGCAUUUUGGCACUUUUAAUGAUCUUGGCCUUCAUGCCCUCGUCUAACGUGCGAGAUGCAGUGUCGUUGAAUACUCAUAAGUAUGUGUAA